AUGAAUGAGAUCGCCAACUUGGGGUGGCUUGAAGUCUUGACUAUUGGAUCAUGCCAUAAUGUGGAAUCCAUCGGAGGGAUGAAAUUUCCUACUCUUAAAACUUUGUUCGUUCAAGACUGUCAGAGUCUUAAGUCUCUGCUGCUCGACGGUAAAAAUUUUCCUCAAUUAGAAACAUUAGUUGUUGAAGAGUGCAAUAAUUUGGAUUUGGAACUGAAGAAGGGAGAUCAUGAAGAACAAAGCCCCAAGCUGAAGUUAAAAUUUGUUGGAUUUUCAACUUUAUCACAACUGGUGACCUUACCUAAAUGGUUUCAAGAAGCUGUCAACUCCUUACAGUGUUUGGUUGUUAUAAAUUGUCACAAUUUUGAAUCAUUUCCAGAUUGGUUGCCAGUUUUGACUGAUAUGAAAACUCUUCAAAUAAUAAAUUGUCCAAAGUUGGUAGCGCUCCCGGAUAACAUUCAUCUCUUCACGGCCCUUGAAAAUUUGACGAUUGGAGGUUAUGCAGCUGACUUAUAUAAAAAGUAUGAGCAACAUGUUGGAGAGUUUUGGCCCAAAAUAUCACACAUCAAAAAAAAUUUCUUUGAUGAAGCAGAAGAUUUAGAUGAAGAGUAA